AUGUCGCACAGGAAGGAAAUUGACCGCGUGUUCAAGAAGAUUGGGGAGGGGCUGGAGAUAUUCAACACCCUGUACGAGCGCCACGAGAACGCCUCGAACGGGUCUCAGAAGGAGAAACUGGAGAACGACCUCAAGAAGGAGAUUAAGAAGCUGCAGCGGUUUCGAGAACAGGUGAAGAACUGGCAGGCCACGAAUGAGGUCAAGGACAAGGAGCGGCUCAACGAGAACCGUCGGCUGGUCGAGCAGGCGAUGGAGAAGUACAAGGUGGUAGAGAAGGGGUCGAAGACAAAAGCGUUUUCGGACGAGUCGCUGGCGAGCUUUGACGACCCGCAGGAGGACAACGAGGCGAUCGAGUUUGUGCGCGAGACGCUGGACGAGAUCCAGCGGCAGGAGGAGACGCUGGAGAGCGAGCUCGACCGGCUGGGCGCCAAGAAGGGCAAGAAGACCAGCGCCGUCGACGAGCGCAAGUCGGAGAUCGAGGACCUGCUGGAGAUCCACCAGUUCCACAGAGAAAAGCUCGAGGUGGUAUUGCGGCUGCUCGAGAGUCACGUGCUGCGGCCCGAGGAGAUAAUGAACAUCCAAGAGGACAUCAAGUACUAUCUGGAAGAGAACCAGGACCCGGACUUUGUGAACGACGACACCAUCUACGACGACCUGAACCUGGACGUCGACGAGACCACGCUGCACGACGGCAGCUCUGUGCAGAACGGCACGCACAGGGAGGAGGAGUCUGUUCUCGCGUCGACGGCGCCGAUCUCCGUGUCUGUGCCGGAAACCACUCCUCAAAAGAAGAAGGAGAGCACGCCGACGCCGUCCACCGUCCAGGCCUCGCCUGUGGCGACCGCCAAGCCACCGGCGCCCCUGAAGCCCGUGCAGACGCCGCCGGUGAGCGUGCCGAAGAUGGCCACGCCGACGACGUCGCUGGCCAAUCUGGCCGGCAGCCUAUCGUCCAUGAGCACGCUGAAGCCUGCGCCGGUGCCCGCCAAGCCUGUGGGGGAGCUCAAGUGGGCCGCUGCAGUGAGCCAGACGGCCAACGGGCGGCCGAAACCAGAGGAAAAGCCGGCCACGCCGGCCACGCCGCUCUCGACGCUCAACACCAACGCGCUGAACGCCGCCAGUGUGCUGGAGGCGCUGAAAAAACAACGACCUCAGGACGGGGCGUCGCGCAGCAGCUCAGAGUCCCGGACGGCGUCCAGCACGGCAGGCGUUGGGUCUGUGGGGUCCGGCGACGUUGCCAACGACCCAAACUUUCGGUUUCUGCCUCCAGGCAUCCAGAGCACGAUCCUGUCGUUUGUGAUGGCCAGAAACCGGGGCGAGUCCGAAAAGACGCCGUCGCUGUCGAGCGUCGGCGCCAUGCUUGCCGUUCCCCGCCGCUUCUCGCCGCUCAGCGAGGGAACGUAUCCGCCGGGACUGGAAGCACAGCGGGUUUCGGCGAUCUGGAACAGCGUGCGCGUGAGCAACAACAUCGAGAUCGACUCGCAGAAUGUCGACACCGCCACGCUGUUCUACGCCUACUACUACGCCCUGUCGCAGAAAGAGCGAGACGUCGCCGCGUCGGUGCUGGCCUCCAGGCUCUGGAGAGUCAACAACGACAGGACCAUGUGGUACCAGCGCCAUUCGCAGGUGAAAGUGUCGGGCGACGGCUUUGAGAUCUCCGACUUCAACAUUUUCGACGCGGAAAAAUGGAGCUUCUACGAGAAGAAGAACCACAGGGUCGACUACUCCCAGUUUGGAAAAUCCUAG